AUGCGCUCAGAGAAGGAGGCGGCCGGAGGCCCAGGGGCUGCCGUUGCUGCGCGGGGCCCGAGCGGGAGGGAGAAGCCGUCGGCCGUGGAAGUCCAGUUCCGCCGGGAGUCGCCGCGGCGAGAACCCGAGGCGCCACCAGCCUCGUUCUUCGUUUGCGGGGACGGCAUUUGCAAACAUCGCGAGGAGAAGAAAACGGUCCUGAGCAAGGUGGUCAUCCGGCGGCUUCCUCCCAGCCUCACCAAGGAGCAGCUGGAAGAGCAGCUACACCCACUGCCGGCACAUGAUUACUUUGAGUUCUUUACUGCCGAUUUCAGUCUUUAUCCUCAUCUCUACUCAAGAGCAUACAUUAAUUUUAGAAAUCCUGAUGACAUCCUUCUUUUUAGAGAUCGUUUUGAUGGAUAUAUCUUCAUUGACAGUAAAGGCCUAGAAUAUCCUGCAGUGGUAGAGUUUGCCCCAUUCCAGAAGAUAGCCAAAAAGAAGCUAAAGAAAAAAGAUGCCAAAACCGGAAGCAUUGAAGAUGAUCCGGAAUACAAGAAGUUUUUGGAAACUUACUGUGUGGAGGAAGAGAAAACGAAUGCCAAUCCUGAAACUCUUCUGGGAGACAUGGAGGCAAAGACAAGAGAGCUUAUUGCUAGAAGAACCACACCUCUUUUGGAAUAUAUUAGAAAGAGAAAAUUAGAGAAGCAGAGGAUUCGAGAAGAGAAGCGAGAAGAGCGAAGGAGGAGGGAGCUGGAGAAGAAGCGCUUACGGGAAGAAGAAAAGAGAAAAAAGAGAGACGAGGAGAGGUGUAAGAGAAAAGAAGCAGACAAACAGAAGAGAACAGCAGAGAGAGAAGUAAGGAUUAAGCUUCUUAAGAAACCAGAAAAGGGAGAGGAACCAACCACUGAGAAGCCAAAAGAAAGAGGAGAGGAAAUGGAUACUAGAGAUGGAGAACAGGAGUCCUGUCCUGGCUGUGCUGUCCGGAAGCCCAUGCCCUUGGGGAGCUCGCUGGAGGAGCCCAGGGAAAAGUCACAGAAUGAGAGCAAUGAAGAACAAAGGGAGUUGGACCGAAGAUUCAGAGAAAAAGACCCUGAAACACAAAGAUGCCACUUGGAUGACAGUAGAAAGCAGAGAGCUCACUGUGAGUUUGACACGUUUUCACGGAGAAAUGAGGAGGAGCUGAGAUGGGGGAAAGGAGGCCCCCCCGACAGAGGGAAGAAGGGGAGCCAGGACAGUGGCAACGCUGUGGAGGCAGCAGAGCGGCCCGGGAAAGAGCAGAGGAGUGAAGGUGGCCCAGCAGCCAAAACGGAGCGCCCAGGAAACAAGGAUCGGCCGGCCUUGCAGCUGUACCAGCCAAGAGUUCGCAUCCGAGCACGAGAAGGUGGUAGGGGAACCUCUGUGGAGUGCCCUGGCAGGAACAAGGACGAGGCUGAAGAUUCAGCACAGGGGGGUUCCCAGAAGAGCGAAGAGGCGGGGUUUUUGAGAGCUGCCCAAUGUCAUCCAAAUCAAGAAAAGAGAAGAUCUGUAGCAUUAUGUUGUCAGGCAUGUGAAUUAACAAAUCAAAUUUUCCAUGACGCAGAUUCAAAGAAUAAUCCAAUGAUACUUCUUUCCCAAACACAUUGUGCAUCUGCCCUAAACAUCAGUGAGAGAGAGAGACAGAGACGGGUAGACACAGGCAGAGACAGACCAGGUUAUAAUAGGCCAACUCAGUCCCACACACUCUCAAAAAACAUCACUUGAUUUGAGGAGCACCUGUGCUUCUUCACAGAGGGUAUACCUAUCUUUGUAACAAAGCCAUAUUCCUACUGAAAAGAUGGGCAUCAUUAAGGAAUUCCAGUGUCCCUCAAGUGAAGUAACAGCAUCUCACAUUUAUGAUGCUCGUUACUUGUAGUCUGACAACAGUCCUUUGAAGAGGCAGUGUAACCACUCUGGGAGGUUCCUGCAUUCCUUCGUCACAUUCUCUCCAAGCGCCUCUGUGGGGCAGGCACUUUUGUAGGUGUCGGGCAUAAGCAGUGAACACAGCAGACUAGUCCCUGCAUCCUCAGGGCUCACACCCUUCCUUAAACAUACAAGGAGCUGAAACCCCUAAAAGGUAGGGUCUUCCUCGAAUCUUCCAGGUCAUAAGUGCCAGAACCAGAUUGUCUAGAUCAGAAACCCUUCAUCUGAAAUCCAUGUUGAGUGUUGAUAUGACACUGUUGCUCUAGUGACCAUCCAUGGCCCCUAAAUUAGUCUCCCUGAUAUUAUGAAUAAGCAAGAUCAUACUCUUUCUUUCUAUGGAAUGGUCUAUAUGAAAUGUUUGUCAGAUCCUCAAAGGAACAACUUUUAAAAAGCUGUCAGUGUCAUACAUUAGGCUCUUUGUAACCCAGCACUAAAUUGUUGUCACCAUUAUCUUGCCAUAAACAUAAAAUGGAGUGAUUCAAUAUUCUAGGCAAAAACUGUCACCUUAAGUGACAGAUAAUGAUAUGUAUUUUCUCUCCAUUGCCAAGUAGCCAUGUGAUUCCUGUCACCUUCCUUCUUCCAAGCAGAUCCCCCAGCAGCCUGCUUCCUUCUGACCAGGGCAGACCCCAGACGCGGCCAGUCUGCUCUGGGCCUGGGCCUGCUGGCUGUCACUGGUCAGGUGAUGGGCACAUGAUGUCAGUGAGUGCAGGGAGGGAACAGGGCAGACCUAACUCUAUCCUCCCGUAUGUGGCCAAAGAGGCCCAAGGGUAGUCAGCCUUCACACAGAGCCAAAUGCAGAGGACCCCGGGCUCCUGACCGCGGUGGUCGAACUGCCCACCUCCUGUGGGCUUCUGUUAGGUGAGGGGGGUGUCCCUUGUGUAAACAGUUUGAGUGACUGUUUCUAUUGCACACAAAUCUGACCCUGGACGAAAGGUUUUGUUUUGUUUUAAUGUGUGAGAAAGCUUUCAUUCACCCCAAGGAAAUCCACUCUUUGUACAACAGUGUGAUACCCCACCCCCAGCAGCUCCUAGAGGACUUGUCAGAAAUGCACAUUCUCAAGUGCUGCCUAAGAACUACUGAUAAUUUAGGUCUCAGCUCUUAUCCUCAAGGUGGUUCUGAAGCCUUGAGAAACCCCACCAUACUGCCUAUCAGACCCAGAGGCCCCAGCAGCACACAGCCAUUACUUCCACUUACAAACGACUAUGAAGAGAAAACCCCAAAGGCUCGAGGUUCUAACGGACAACCAAUUGAUAGGUCGUAAUGUGAUAAAGCUGUGGUUCCUCUUGCAACUUUUGCAAAUUAAUCAAGAAAUAUUUAGAAAAAUGUGAAGUCAUCCAGGUUUUCCUAGAACCUAGCAUUUCCACUUAAUACACAUUUCAGUAACCGUCUUGUGCUGCUUCUAAGAUGUGAGGAAUAAGAGACAUGACUGCAUCUCCCCCUUCCACACCACAGACACAAACCCUCACCUGCCAAGGGCAGCUUUACAGCCUACACACUUACUUUAUUCCUUCAGUGACGACCCACUUGUCUGGGUGUGUAUGCUGUGCCGGGGACAGAUGCCACAUGCUCAUGUUACAAAGCAUAGGACUUGUGCUGAUAAUGAGCUCUCUGUUUGCCAGGAAAAUCCACACAAGUGGAUGAAUAGACCAUUACAGUUCACUGGCGUAAGGACUGAAAUAAAGUGUGGACAAGGAAA